AUGGACAAGAUGCAAGUGCAGGUCGUGGGUGAACACAAUGAGAACAAGAAUGAGAAGAACAUCAAGAAGAGGCUUGCGAAGGAGUUUGCCAAGAGCUCGACGCCGUCUCAGGCUUUGCUUCAGAUGGAGCGCGACGAGGUGCCAGUGUCGCAUCGUCCGCCUGCGUGGCAGAUCGCGAACUUUCGUCCAAAACCAGAGCGGCAAUCAAAGCUGGCGGCAGAUUGCGUGGCGUCUCUGCAGAGGUUCGUCAACAAUCCUCCGCAAGAUAUUGUGGUGUAUGACGGCAGUGUCAUCACCGAUGAGGAGGCUCGCAUCAUGUUCAGCUUUGACAUGGCGUCUGACUGGCUGAAGCAGCAGCCGCUUUCCAGCUUCUUGAUGGAUUUUACACACAAGACAAACGCAAAAGACCUUCUUUUGGGUGCCAUCGGCCCCGUGGGGCUACACACGGAAAAAGAUGGUGCAGGGCGACCGGCCAUGCGUUUCAUGCCCAUGUUCUUCUUGCUUGCCCACACCGAGGAUCACGAAGCGCAUGAGCAGCUGGUGCGGAAGUAUGUUGCGGCGGCCACCGAUGCGAAGAAGCGUGACCCGGCGACGGGGGAGACCCGGCUGAAAAACCAGGAACUACUCCCAAUCCUGACAGAUCUUCUGCAGCACAGCUCGUGGCUUCCUAGUGGCAUCGAGUUUACGGCGCUAUGGAAGAGUGCCCUCUUGCGUUUGCGGGAGGAUGAAGCACCGACGGACUGGGGCGAGCCGCUCUUGGCGGCUUACCUAGAGGCCAAUCUCCUGCAAGUAAGUCCCGACGGAAGCAUCUCUGCCACCUGGCGGAGUGGCCUGGGAUGUGUUCCUCCUGGCUUUACCACGUUUGCUCCCAACUCCAUCGAACGAUCGUGGAGGUUGCUCAAGUCGCUGCUGAAGUCGAAGUUCCUUCGCUGA